GUAUUUUUGAAGUGACUGUUUAAAAUUGAAGAAUCAAGAAACAAAUAGUUGUAAAUCAUGGCGACAAUUGAUUCUGAACGUGAAAAAUGUCUUCAAGAUUACAGAAAAAAAUUGUUAGAACACAAAGAAGUGGAAUCAAGAUUAAAAGAAAUGCGAGAGCAAUUAAAAGAUUUGACUAAACAAUAUGAUAAAUCAGAAAAUGAUUUGAAAGCUUUACAAAGUGUUGGUCAAAUUGUUGGUGAAGUUUUGAAACAAUUAACUGAAGAAAAAUUUAUCGUAAAAGCUACAAAUGGUCCACGUUAUGUGGUAGGAUGCAGACGUCAACUUGAUAAAAAUAAGUUAAAAGCUGGUACUCGUGUAGCCUUAGAUAUGACCACCUUAACGAUUAUGCGAUAUCUACCUCGUGAAGUUGAUCCACUUGUAUACAACAUGAGUCAUGAAGAUCCUGGUGAAGUCACAUAUUCUGCUAUUGGUGGUUUAAGCGAACAAAUUCGUGAAUUACGUGAGGUCAUUGAACUGCCUUUAUUAAAUCCUGAAUUAUUCAUGCGAGUAGGAAUUACACCACCCAAAGGUUGCCUGCUAUAUGGACCACCUGGAACUGGAAAAACUUUAUUAGCCAGAGCUGUAGCUUCACAAUUAGAUGCUAAUUUCUUAAAGGUGGUUUCAAGCGCUAUUGUAGAUAAAUAUAUUGGUGAAAGUGCACGACUUAUUCGUGAAAUGUUCAACUAUGCAAAAGAUCAUCAACCAUGUAUCAUAUUUAUGGAUGAAAUUGAUGCUAUUGGUGGCCGUAGAUUUUCAGAAGGUACAUCAGCUGAUCGUGAAAUUCAACGUACUUUAAUGGAAUUGUUAAAUCAAAUGGAUGGGUUCGAUUCAUUAGGACAGGUGAAAAUGAUAAUGGCCACAAACCGGCCUGACACAUUAGAUCCAGCAUUAUUACGUCCAGGUCGUUUAGAUCGUAAAAUUGAAAUUCCUUUACCAAAUGAACAAGCACGUUUAGAAAUAUUGAAAAUUCAUGCAGGACCUAUUGCUAAACACGGAGAAAUCGAUUAUGAGGCUGUUGUUAAGCUAUCAGAUACAUUUAAUGGUGCUGAUUUACGAAAUGUGUGUACAGAAGCGGGUCUAUUUGCAAUUCGUUCUGAACGUGAAUACGUCAUACAAGAAGAUUUUAUGAAAGCUGUAAGAAAAGUUGCUGAUAACAAGAAACUUGAGAGUAAACUUGAUUAUAAGCCCGUAUAAAAACCGCCAUGUGGUUAUACUAAAUAUUAUAUUUAUA